UUCCGACCAUCGGUGCGUUGGGUUCUCGUGGUUCUUCUAAAAUGUCUGAAACACAAGAAGUCAUAGUGAUCUGUCGGUAAUAAUUAUUUAUGUGAUUCAUACAUCCAUAUUUAUUUUAUUUUAUUAUUGUCGAUCAUUCUCGUGGAUGUUCAUCUCUGGCGACAGGAGGCAGUCGUGGAUAAGGUGCACUGCUCUGAAUCUAUUUGAAUCUACGCGAAGAAGUGUCCCUGCACCACCUUUUCUUUUUUCUGCACUGCACCGCACUGACAUUUGUGAUAAACUUAUCCACAUCUCCCUGGAAGAAGAACUGCUUUUGUAAAUGUACAACAUGUGAUCGGAACCGAUACUUCUUUGGCAAUUUGGGUGACUCUUCAGUCUUUAGGAAGGCCCUGGUCUGAGAGGCGCUGCUUUGUUUUGAAUAAAAAUGGGAAGUUUGGGGAGCAAGUUCCAGUCCCCCCCUUUAGGACCAGAGGAGAGUUUGGAAGGCAUCAGCAGCAGCAUCCAUAAACACAGUUGUGAGUGUAAGAAGAGGAAACGCAAUGCACAGUGUGACUGUGAAAGUGAGCAAGAUGAUGAUGAUGCUGUCUUGGAUACACCUCGCAGAAAGAAACUGAAAAGCACUUCUCGAUACAUUUAUCAAACUCUAUUUUUAAAUGGGGAAAACAGCGAUAUUCGCAUUUGUGCAUUAGGACAAGAGUGGAACCUUCACAAAGUAUACCUUUGUCAGUCUGGAUAUUUUUCCAGCAUGUUUAGCGGCUCUUGGAAAGAAUCAAACAUGAUGGAGAUCAACCUUGAGAUUCCAGAUCAAAACAUUGACACUGAAGCCCUUCAGGUCGUGUUUGGUUCACUAUAUCGAGAUGAUGUUCUGAUUAAGCCCAGCAGAGUCGUCAGUAUAUUAGCUGCAGCUUGUAUGCUUCAACUGGAUGGCUUGAUCCAGCAGUGUGGAGAGACCAUGAAGGAAAACAUCAGUGCAAAGACUGUGUGUAGCUACUAUGCUUGUGCUAGUAUAUAUGGUUUAGAUUCAGUUAUGAAAAAAUGUCUUGAAUGGCUUCUCAACAAUCUAAUGACCCACCAGAAUAUCGAAUUGAUGAAGGAACUUGGUACAGAGAUAAUGGAACUGCUCAUUCAGUCAUCAGACCUGUUUGUUAUGCAAGUUGAAAUGGAUGUAUACACUGCCCUUAAAAAGUGGAUGUUUCUGCAGCUUAAUCCAUCAUGGGAUGGGCCUAUCAAACAACUACUUGCUGAUGCAGAUGCAUGGCUUUGUAAAAGGCGAACAGACCUUGGUGAACAAGAACCCUUUUUAAAUUCAGAGGAUGGCAAACAUUUUAGUUCAGUAUUUAAACAUGUUCGUCUUCAAUAUAUUAUCAAUGAUCUGGCAUCUGCUCGCAUCCUGGAGAGAGACAAUAUUCUCCCCCCAGAUUGGCUAACAACUGUUUACAAAAAUCAGUGGUUUGCCAUGCUCAGGACUGAAUUUGACAAUGACAAUGGUCCUCAGGAGGCAAACAAGGAGGAAUUUGAACUGAGCAGUAUGCGGUGUGGCAGAAAAUUGACUAAAGAAGGAGAUUACUGCUGGCGUUGGACGGGGUUUAACUUUGGCUUUGAUUUGCUUGUAACCUACACAAAUCGCUUUAUUGUUUUUAAAAGAAAUACUCUAAGCCAGCCAUGUGGGGGCGCUGUUAGUCUCCAGCCCAGAAGGCAUUUGGCAUACAGGUUACGCCUUGCUUCAUUUGACACCCGGGGAAAGCUGGUGUGUAGUCGCUCAACGGGUUACCAACUUCUUACAUUAGAAAAAGACCAGGAGUAUGUGGUGAUGAACCUGGACAGUCGUUUGUUGUCAUUCCCACUUUAUGUCUGCUGUAAUUUCCUGUACACGUCGUCUCACUCGGACCAGAGACCAGAUUCCCCUGAACAAGAGAGCAGCACUCGCAGUGUGUCAUGAUCAAACAUAAGGCUACCAUUCCUCUGGUGGAGCUGAAGAAUUGACAUGAACUUGUAUGUAAAUAUACCACCACAUUUGAUACCCAUGUCAUUUAAAUGCUCUGUUCAUACUGUGUAUGUGAUGUUGUUUUGGUAGAUUUGGUUCUGCAGUAAUUGAAAGUUCAUGUUUCAGCAAUUUUGCUGAGAAAAAAAAUCCCUUUUGCCUUCAGUGUGUACUGUUUACACUGAUGUGUGGACCAUUAAUUAUCCUAAAAUGUAUAGCUCAAUGAUAAAUUAUAGUAAACUAUUAUCAAAUCUCUGUUCCAAAUAGGGGAACAGAGGUAUUGUUAAAAGGAGUUGACUAGAUAUUAACCAAAUUAACAAAUAUUUAUAGACUGCUCAUUUCUUAGUAAAACAAGGCCUAUGAUGUCUA